CAGCCCACUCUAAAAAUCAGUCAAAACCGGCUCACGGGCUCCAAGUCAAUGAAACGGCAGUAAUUCAUAGAGCACGGUCCUCACAUCCCCAUCCUCAAGUUGGUGUUACAUGUUUUAUCCGAGGUAAACCACGGGGAGAGCUUCAUCUGAAGGACGUUUCUCAGAAAUUCACCAUCAAAGAAAAUCCGUCCGGGAAAUAAGGGACAGACACAAAGUUUCUCUAUAGAUCUUUCUCUCUCACACUCGCACACCUGAAGGCCGAAAAGAAUCGCUCUGAAAGCAUGGAGCCCGCAGAGAUGAACGCUAUCCCCAACGGGAAGGGCCACGGAGCUGUAGAGGAGACUACUGUGACUGCAGCUCAGGAACUUGUACCAAAUAGCACUGAAAAUGCCAGUACCGACAGGACUCCAGGUAAUGCAGAGGCAAACCUGGCAGAAAGCUCAGAGUUCCUGUCCAACACAGAUGACAAGAAAACCCCUCACUUCACGGAUUUUGAGGGAAAGACUUCUUUUGGGAUGUCUGUCUUCAACUUGGGAAACGCCAUCAUGGGAAGUGGAAUUCUGGGAUUAGCGUAUGCAAUGGCUAACACGGGCAUUGUCCUCUUUGUAAUUCUCCUCACUGUUAUCGCUGGUCUCUCUGCAUACUCCAUUCACCUGCUGCUAAAAUCUUCAGGCAUUGUGGGCAUUAGAGCUUAUGAACAACUGGGCUUCCGAGCCUUUGGCACACCAGGAAAGAUGGCUGCCGGCAUUGCCAUCACCCUACAGAACAUUGGAGCCAUGUCCAGCUACCUGUACAUAGUAAAGUACGAGUUUCCACUGGUUAUCCAGGCUUUUCUCAAGGUGGACAAUCCAUCAGGGGAGUGGUAUUUAAACGGCAAUUACCUGGUUGUCAUUGUAUCGUGCUGUGUCAUCUUGCCGCUGGCUUUAAUGAAGCAGCUUGGGUACCUGGGCUACACCAGCGGUUUCUCUCUCACUUGUAUGGUCUUCUUCCUUAUUGCGGUGAUCUAUAAGAAGUUCCAGGUGAAAUGUCCUUUUGAGGACUUUGCCUAUAACAGGACAGUGUUGGGCUUUAACACAAGUUUGGCAGCUGAUCGCGGAGGAGUGGAGAUGACCCCUGAGGGGGACCCUGCCUGCACCCCCCGCCUCUUUAACAUCAACUCACAGACGGCCUACACGGUUCCCAUCUUGGCGUUCGCGUUCGUGUGCCACCCCGAGGUGCUGCCAAUUUACACUGAGCUGCGCAACCCUACAAAGACAAAGAUGCAACACGUCUCCAACAUCUCCAUUGGAGUCAUGUACGUCAUGUACCUCUUGGCUGCUCUGUUCGGGUAUCUGACCUUCGUUGAUAAGGUGGAAGCUGAGCUGUUGCACACCUACAGUCGAAUCGACCCGUAUGACACACUCAUCCUGUGCGUUCGUGUGGCGGUGCUGACCGCCGUCACACUCACUGUACCCAUCGUGCUGUUUCCCGUAAGAAGAGCGAUUCAGCAGCUGUUCUUCGCAAAUAAAACCUUCUGGUGGCCACGUCACAUUGCCAUAGCUGUCACCCUCCUCACCCUGAUCAACUUACUGGUCAUCUUUGCCCCGAACAUCCUGGGCAUCUUCGGGGUCAUCGGUGCCACGUCUGCGCCGUGCCUCAUCUUUAUAUUUCCAGCUGUGUUUUACAUCCGCAUUGUUCCCAAGGAAGAGGAACCCUUGCGCUCGGCGCCGAAAAUCAUUGCUGCUUGCUUCGCCUUAUUAGGAGUCCUGUUUAUGAUAAUGAGCCUGAGCUUCAUCAUCAUUGAUUGGACAUCAGGGACCAGCAAUGCAAGCAGUGGUCAUUAGGCCUCUCCCUCUAAUGGUUUAUGCUCUUUAGUAUUACUUUCGGGUCAGUAGUUGGGGAGGAUGCAUAAUCUCUCAGUGAUCAGUCACAAGAGUAGUACCAGAUUCUUAGCUUUAGUUGCAUUCAAUUAUUGUAUUAUUUCGCCAUGCGACCUGCAUAUGCUGUAAAUGGGGUCUUGCUCCAUCUCAGGCCGGCAUUAAAUCCAUUUAAAGGCCAUCCGCUCCUAAAAAGGAGUGGUUGGGACAAGGAAAUAGGGAGAAAUAACAAGAACAAGAAAAAAAGCAGUAUGCAGGGUUUGCAAACAAAAGGGAUUUUGCAUUCUAACCAAACAGACUCAUCCACUGGCCCAACCUCCCAUCCAUCCCUUCAUACAGUACCUCUGCCCUUCAGCCACAUUCACAAGAGAUUAGAAUCACAGUAAGUGCUCAGUCCUGAUGGGAGGAUUGGUGGUUAUUAAAGCAUAUUUCAUCAUAUCUCAUGUUAGAUAUAGCAAUACUCCGUGCAAUAGCUGUGAGAUAUCUGACACUGAAGGCUGUUGAGAAGCCUUGUCCAGAAUCCAGCCUUCAUUUGGCUGCAGUCUAUUACACAAUUUCAAAUUUAUGCAAACUGUACGUAUAGAUGAACUGGUCACAUUUUAUAUGGAUUUAUAAUAUUUAUCCUUUCUACAGUAUUUAGAGAUAAAUAUAUUAGUAGAUAUAUGAGCAUAGAUAUACACGAUAUAUAUAUAUAAGAGUAUUCCGAUUCAUCUGGUGUUCUCAAGGUUGUCUCUCACAUCCUCUUACAAUAUUUGUGAUUAUUAUUUAGCUAAAAUGCGAUAUUUAGAAGAUUUAGAUUUAAAAAGACAGAAUCAUCCAAGAUGAAAGGCACAAUCUUCUUUUUUUUUUAGGAACACUACUGGUUGCAAUGGGAAAGCACAGUUAAUCAUAGGGUCAGUUUAUAAUGAUCCCAUGAGUUCUGCUGACAGACUGAUUUUGAAACACCAAAAAACAUAGAUUCACAGGGUCUUCUCCUUAACUGGAGAAACAAAUGUGGUGCAUUGAUGCACAUAAAUGUUUUAGCUGCAGGGAGGUAACAUUGCCCGGUGGAAGCUGAUCGGUUCUGCUUCUAGAGAGGAUAUUAACACAAGUAGACAGAUGAUUUUGGUCAUUCGGCGAAUAUUGAAACUGUAGCACUUUCGGUUGAAGCACAACUUGCGCUCAGUCUCUUGACCCAGCUACAACUUACAACAUAAUCAUAGAUUAAUAUAUUUUGUAGACCGAUAUAUGAAUAAAAUCCUAUGUACUACUAAUUGUAAAUUGUUUGAAGAUAAAAAGUAAUGUGUGGAUGUCUAACAUGGUACAUGAAUAUUUUAAACAUUGUAAUUGAAACUUGUCAUCCUAAAAAACUAUAAAUUAAGCACUUACUGGCCCAUAAUGAUCUUAGUGGUAACACUGUGGUGUUUUAGUGUGUGUGUAUGUGUGUGUUCUCUCCUCUUCUUGCUAAUGGAGAAAGAAUACUUCAGUAUGUGAAUGUACUGUAAUGGACUAUAAGAUGUCUAAAUGGAUAAAUUGUGGUACUGUUUUAUUCA